AUUCACGAGGCAAGUGCCCGUUUUCAUCUUCUCUGAGAUUAGAGUUGAAUAAUCUAAAGAAUGGGUAUCAGAGCAGGAACACGACGCUUAUUGGCCUGUCCCUUCAGGAAAAGGGGUGUGGUCCACACUUCUAGGUAUAUGCAUGUAUUUAAAAGGGGUGAUUAUGUUGACAUUAAGGCUGACCCCAGAAUUCAGAAGGGUAUGCCCCAUAAAUAUUACCAUGGUAAAACCGGUCGAGUAUUCAAUGUAGCCAGAAGAGCUUUAGGUGUAACUGUCAACAAAAGAGUACGAACACGUAUCAUGGCCAAGAAAAUCAGUGUGAGAAUUGAACAUGUUAAGCCUUCAAGAUGUCGAGAUGAUUUCAUCAAGAGAGUGAAAGAAAAUCAAAGAUUAAUUGAAGAAGCUAAAAAGAAUAAACAACCUAAACCCCAACUUAAAAGACAGGCUGCCCAACCUAAACCAGGUUUCUUUGUCAGAACAGACAAAAACAAGCCACAGUUGAUUGAACCUAUACCAUACGAGUUCAUCAUUUAAAUAAAAUAAAUUAAAAAAAAAAACUUG